AUGAUAGAGCUUAGAUGCAAUGAAUCGGGGCCCGAAUGGCCCCAGCAGACCCAACCAUACCACCGCAUAUGGUGGGUUUCCAGAUCCAUAGUUGCCCUGGCAGCAGAUUUCGCAACUGAAUUUUAUGCUCACUCGGGCUUAGACUCCUUCAACUCGGCUAGGCACUAGGUCGUCGAGAACAUCGGUUUCAGGAUUGUCAUCUUGCUGUUGGUGUUCGUCGAUGUCGCUCUCCUGCUUGCCACAUUCGUGGGCGAGUCUUCGGGAACGCUAGACUGGGCCAACCUUGUUCUGUCGGUCAUCUUUCUAACAGAUUGCCUCUUACGAAUGUACAGUCUU